AUGUCAACUCUGGCGGCAGCCCGGGCUGCGGACGGUACCCCUGUCAGCUUGCCCGAUGGAAGGCGUGUUCGAGGCCAAUUCUUCGGACAAUCAUCGUUCAGCGAGCUCGCCAUUGUGGAUGUUAGAUCGGUGGUCAAGUUCGCCGGUGCCGAAAACGACUUGUCAUUCCUCGCGCGUCUCGGAUGUGGGUACAUGACAGGUGCUGGAACCAUCUUCAACGUCCUUCGUCCACCUGCUACCAGUGCCUUGGUGGUGCUUGGGCUCGGUGCAGUGGGCCUGGCAGCUCUCGAGCUGGCCCGAUCCCUUGGGGUCAGGCACGUCAUCAAUUCGCAGCAGGGUGACAUCGCCAAAAGCACUUGUACGAGAUACCCUGAUGGUGUUGGCUAUAUUGUUGACACCACCGGGUCCACGUCUCUGAUCACCAGUGGGAUCAAGGCACCUGGCCAUUCCGGGACCCUGGCAGUGGUUGGGGUUUCGGCGCCUGGGACGAGAACUGAGAUUGACCCAGUUGAUCUGUUGAUAUCGUGCAAGCGGGCGAUCGGGGUCAUUCUGGGCUCUGCGGAUCUUCAACAGCUAUUGCCGCGACUUGUGAAGCUGGUGCGACCGGAUGAAUUCCCUGUCCGACGCUUGUCCAAGGUCUACGCAGCCCAAGACAUCGAUCAGGCUGUUGCCGACAUGGAAGAAGGACUGACUGUCAAACCGGUGCUAGCGUGGUAG